GAAUUUGAGUGAGGCGGCGCUCGCGCUGGGGCUGUUGUGGUCGCGCGGCAGCGGAGACGUUGGUGGUUGUUGCCAUGAUUUCAAAACGGAAAUUGUCCAAAACUGGAGCCUGUAUGGAAAACCCGAUAGAAGAAUUACCAAAAACAAAAAAACCUCGAGUCUCUGGAAAGAAAAAAGCCAUUGCCCAAGAUGAAGUUGUAGAGAGCAACAGUGCAUUUGGAAAGCUCCUGAAGACAGCAGGGAUUAUACUGAGAGCAGGAGAAAGCCAGAAUGAAAUAGCUGUGGAUGGAGCAAUUUUCCAGAAGAAGUUACAUCAAGCCUUGAGAAAGCACCCUUCCUAUCCGCAGAUCAUUGAGGAGUUAAUUAGUGGUUUGGAAUCCCACAUUGAAAACAGAGAUCAGUUCAGGAAUUGUCUUCUUCCAUGCAUUCCUGCACAAAGUCAGGAUACAAGUAAUAGCAUCCAUUCAUAUUGUGAAAGUCUCAUUAAGCUGCUCCUUGGAAUUGAGAUAUUACAGCCUGCCGUAAUACGAUUGCUAUUUGAAAAACUCCCUGAAUUUUUUCAUGAAAGUGUGGGCAGUGAUGGACUCAGUUUGCCCCGACUCAUUGUCAGUCAGUUAAAAUGGCUUGACAGAAUAGUUGACAACAAGGGUCUCGUAUCAACAAUCAUGGAAAUGAUUUGUGUUUCUCCUCCACCAAUCCAACAUGACAUUAUCAUAAGCUUGCCAGAAAUCCUGGAAGAUUCCCAACAUAGUGAAAUUGCCAAAGAGCUUGGUUCCUUGCUAAAAGAGAAGACUGAGUUGACUGUUCCAAUCCUGGAUGCUCUUUCUAGUUUGAAUCUUGAUCUGGGACUUCUGUCUGAGGUACGCCAGUCUAUCAUGGUCACAGUAGCUGCUGUAAAAGUGGAAGAUUUGCCUGUAGUAGUUAAAUUUAUUCUUCGUUCCAUCAAGGCCACUGAUGCAAUAGAGGUAAUUUCUGGCCUUCGUAAGAAGCUUGACUUGGACUCCUGUGUUUCACUACCAUGGAUUCAGGCUUCGCAGAGCAAACUCAGGAGUCAGCCCCAGGCAAGUCUACCUGCAAACCAAGCAAGUGUUAACCAGGACUGUGUCAAGCUCCUUUUUGAAGUUAUAAAGUCAGCUGUUAAAUACCAGAAGACCAUUUCAGAAGGCUGGGUGAAGGCUAUUGAGAAUGUUUCUUCUGCCUCUGAGCAUAAGGUUAUGGAUCUGAUUGUGUUGCUAAUAAUCUAUGCUACUAAUGCCAAGAACAAGAAGCAAAUUGAGAAAGUGUUGAGGAGCAAGAUCCGGGCAGGGCAGGUGCAAGAGCAGUUGCCACGGAAUGCAUUUCGGUACCACACACUGGUUAUGAGAGACCUCUUUCCCACUAUCUUGUCAUUGGCUGAGAGUUUUGUACAUUCGGCAGAUCCCAGUAUUGUCUCUUUCGGCAGCUGUCUGUACAAGCAAGCAUUCACAACUUUUGAUGCAUAUUGCCAGCAGGAAAUUGUGGGUGCCCUGGUUACUCAUGCAUGUGGAGGGAAUGAUAUUGAAGUAGAUGUCUCUUUGGAUAUGCUAACUGACCUGGUGACUUUUCAUACUUCAUCAGUUAUUCCAUAUGCAGUAUUUCUGAAGAGCAUUUUAGAUUAUAUGGACAAUUUAAGUCCACACCAAAUCCGGAAGCUAUUCCACAUUCUUAGCAUGCUAGCAUUCAGCCAAGGGCACAAGAGCAGCCACAUUCAGGAUGAUAUGCACAUGGUCAUUAGAAAGCAACUCUCCAGCACUAUUCUGAAGUAUAAGCGUAUUGGGAUCAUUGGUGCAGUUAUGAUGGUUGGUAACAUGGCAGCAAAACGGAGUAAAGAAAAUGGGCAACUGUUGGAACGAGCAGAGCUGAGCAAGGAGCAAUGCAGUCAGAUUACAUCUUUGCUGGAGCUGGUGUGCUCCUGCUGUGGGCAGGUUCCCAAGGCAUUGGCUCUGUACUACGAUGAACUUGCGAGCUUGAUUCAGAGAGGGAAUCUGGAUUUGCAGAUCCUGAAAUGGAUUGGGAACAGUAUGGAGAAGGACUUUGAAAGAGAUUUUGUGAUAGAUCUUCUCCAUAGAAAUGACAGUGUUUUCCUGUUUCCAGUGAAGGCCCUGUACAGCUUGGAAGAUGACGAAAGUGAGGGGACAAUUGCUAUUAACUUGUUGCCAAUGCUGUCCCAGAGUUACCUGAGCAAGAAUGUGGAUGAUACAGCAGUUAAAAGAAAGGAGAAAAGGCUGGUGUCUCCUGUGUGCUUGUCACCAUCCUUCCGGCUGCUUAGGAUCUGUGUAUCAGAACUGAACAAUGGGAGCAUGGAGGAUAUUGAUGCCCUGUUAGGAUGUCCUUUAUAUCUAACCAACUUGGAAGUGGGAGGAAAGUUAGACUCUUUGUCAAAGCAGGAGCGUGAAUUCCUUUGUACACUUUUAUUUCAUGCACUUAAUUGGUUCCGGGAGGUUGUGAAUGCUUUCUGCCGAGAAAAAGAACCUGAGAUAAAAGGAAGAGUUUUGGUUCGGUUACAGAACAUUACAGAGUUACAGGCUCUACUGGAAAAAUGCCUAGGAGCAAGUCCUGGGUAUGUUCCUUCUCCUGCUAAUUUUGAUUUUGACACCUUGGAAGGAGUACCUAUUAUCAGUAAUGGUGCCACCAAAAAGAAGAACAAAGGACAAAAGCCACAAAAAUCUGAUAGCAGCAAAAAUAGCUCUUCAGGCAAUUCUCAGCUGGAUGAGAACACAGAAGUAAAUCAGUCUGAAGCAGACACCUGUCAACCAGAAAAGGACUCCCCAGAAAAAGAAGCAGGAGUCCCUUCCAUACAGCUACAGAGUUACAGUGCAUAUUUCCGUGAAUUAGACUUUGAGGUUUUUAGCAUCCUUCACAGUGGGCUGCUGACCAAGCAUAUUCUGGACACAGAGAUGCACACAAAGACCCGUGAAAUAGUGCAGAUGGGGCCAGCUGAGCUCCUAUUUCUUUUGGAAGAUCUGUGCCGUAAGUUGGAACAUAAAUUGAUGCCAGCCACUGCAAAGAGAGCACCUCCUUUCAAGGCAAAAGGAAACAGAAAUGUUGGAUUCUCACAUCUUUGCCAAAGAUCAUCUCAAGAAGUUGUUCAGUGUGCUGUUGACCUCUUAAAGCCACUGUGCAAUCACAUGGAAAAUAUGCACAACUACUUCCAGGCACUGACUGCAGAGAACGAUGGUGUGGUGGAUGGGCUAGGGGUCAACAUUCAGGAACACCAGCUAAUGUCAUCCUGUUACCAGCGGUUAUUACAAGUCUUCCACCUUCUGUUUGUUUGGAGUGGAUUUUCUCAACAGGAAAACCAUAACUUGCUGAAAUCAGGUCUCUGUGUUCUUGCACACAGACUAAAGCCAGGGAUGGGAGAGCUCCCUCUUGAGGAACUACUCAGUCAAAGUUUCCAGUACUUGCUGAACUUCCAGCACAGUGUUCCCAAUAUUUACUGUGCAUUGAGUCUGACACAGCUUCUGCUUGUCAUUGCUGAAAAAUCUUUGGUCAACCUGAAAAACAAUGAAAUAGCUUCUGUUACAAAACAUUUCCUCUGCCAGUCUUGGGUGCAACCCAGUGGAACACGUCCAAAGGGCACCCAGUUCAAUGAUGCCCUUCACACUUUGUUCUGCAUCUAUAUGGAGCAUACAGAUAAUAUAUUGAAAGCUAUAGAAGAUAUUUCUACCACAGCAAUUCCAGAGCUGAUUCGUUCUUCUAAAGAUGGAUGUUCUUCCACUUACCCUACACUGACCAGGCAAACUUUUCCCAUUUUCUUUCGAGUGAUGAUGGCUCAGUUAGAGAGUUUGGUGAGAAGCAUUUCUGCUGGGACGCCAUCAGAUUCCAGUGAGGUGCAGCUAGAGAAGUUGCUACACUGGAACAUGGCAGUACGGGAUUUCCACAUCCUCGUUAACCUAGUCAAGGUAUUUGACACCAGGCCGGUGCUCAGUGCUUGCUUGAAGUAUGGACGUCUGUUCAUGGAAACAUUUCUGAAGCUUGGCAUGCCCCUUCUGGACUGCAGCUUUAAAAAACACAGGGAGGAUGUGCAGAGCUUGUUGAAGACCUUGCAACUGAGCACCAGACAACUUCACCACAUGUGUGGCCAUUCCAAGAUUCACCAAGACACAGGACUCAUAAGCCAUGUGCCUCUUCUAAAGAAGUCCCUCGAACAAUUUGUAUACCGUGUGAAAGCAAUGCUGGCCCUCAAUCACUGUCAGGAGGCUUUCUGGGUGGGCGUCCUCAAAAACAGGGACCUGCAGGGAGAGGAGAUCCUCUCACAGGCAUCCCAAACAAGCGAGAUGGAGGAGGAGGAAGAACAGCAAGAGAUUUCUCUGAACCCAAAAGAGGAUCCUGUGGAGGAGGAAGAGGUAGAAGAUUCAGAGAGUGAAAAUAAAAUGGAUCCUCAAGACAGUGAGGAAGACGACUCUGAUUAGAAUGGACUAUGUAUCACUUAACUCUUUGUGAACUUGUAAAAUGAAGCAGGAUGAUAGUGUGAAGGUAUUGUGCCCCAAUGAGUUUAUUCAUGUCCAGGAAGUGCUAAAGUAGGGUGAAUUACAGCCUGAACUUUAGAAAGUAUGUUUGGUUGUCUUCAAAUACCAGACUCCCCAUCUCUGCAGUGAUUUUCAUCAUGAAAACCACAACAUUAACCAUCCGCCUGCUUUUGUUUCAAAAUCCGUCUCCCAUUUUCUGCAUCAUAUAUCUUCUUCCCUAACCCUUUUCCAUGUUUUCUAAAAAGGGCAAAAAGUUUUUUUAAAAAAGAUUAGACAAUAAGUUAUUUUAGGAGAUCUGGGGUAUGGCAUUGCAAUUAACUUUUUGCCCUUUAAUUAUCUUUAACAGAAAAGGUUUUGCCUGAAGCCCAGCCAACAUUUAGGAAUUCCUAUGGCACUGUUCUUUACUAGGGAAUGAUGUUACAUUGGCCAUUUGUUGACUGCAGAAAAACACCAUAACAUGACUGUUGAGAAUCUACUGUGUAUACCUGCUUGACAUCUCAAACAGUGUAUGUAUCUUUUAAGUGCAUGGUUUGCUAACUGGAUUUUAUUUAAAGUCUAAAAGCAAGCUUCAAGUUAAGGUGGUGUUGGAAGUGUUGAGCAAGUGUACUCUAGGAUUGUUAAAUAAAGCAUUUUUUCAUGUAUCCAGUUUUGGUAGGAUUGCAAGAAUGGCUCUCAGAAUAAGCUUAAUUUCUGAUUUCAGCCCCUAACACAGGCUCCUUCGAUUUCAAUCAAUGGCACUUUUACUUACUUUUUGAGCACAGUCCAAAGCAUGCUUGUGUGUUUGUUUCUUGAAAUCAAUGCUAUGUCCAAAUCCAUCUUGGAUUAUCAUCUUUGUAUGUAUGCACUUUUAAGAAAAAUUACCCUGCUUUAAUAUAUUCUCCACAAACCAUUUAUUUGGAAACAUGAGCUAAAAUGUUCAUUUAUACCUACUUUUCAUUACCAGAGUUCAGUACUAGUUUGCACAAAUAGUGUGUUGUAGAUUGGGAUUUUUGUGCCAUGUGAAUAUAUUAACACCUUUGGGUUUUUCACAAAUGUAUUAAAUAAAGAGGAAAAC